AUGCCUACGCCAGCCACUCCGUCCCCGUUUCGUCUGUCUCGUCGUAAUCCACCCUCGACGCGCCGCAAUGCUGGCCCACAAUUCGCACCUACCCCUCGUUUUCGGCUGUCGCGAAGGAUAUCGGCUCAGGAAAGAGACGGAGAUGAGAUCGACACCAUAGACGAUGAUCCACCGCCGCCAUCAGCCCAUGAAGCGCGCGUGGCACCUGGAUCUAGCAUCACGCGUCGCCAAAGAGACGGGAUUGAAGAUUUUGAUGAUGGAGAGCUAUUCAGAGAUAAAAGCAGAACAGGGGAUGCAUUCAAUGAGAUUAUCGAUGAUAUCAUUGAUGGUACACCCCCAGAGGAAGACCCUGAGUCGCCGGGGCUUCUCGACGCGCGAUUCGACGCGGUCUUUGCGCCGGUGAGAGAGCGGACGAAACGGCGGCGUAUCGACAUAGAAAGAGAGGCUUCGCCCAAUCAAGAACAACUCGAGCCGAUACUAUCUGCCUCCCCUGAACCUCAGCCGAUCACGACUGUGGAUACUCCAGUCUCCCCAGAAACAGGUCCCUUGGAGUCUCCGACGCAGAGCACUCCAGCAGUGCCAGCGCAUCCACUCGUAUCGCCACCGGGGAAUUUCAAAACACCCUUUCGGAACCGUCCGAAAUUUACGCUUUUUUCAUCCCAGAAACAAACUGAUACUCAAAAUACGCCUAAUCAGAGAACACCAUUAGCACAAACAACACCGGCCCCGACACAGGACAGACGCAAGCCAACAUUCAUUCUACCUCGUUCUCCAUCGCCAUCAGCUGCAGCAGAAAACAUUCCUGCGCCAUUUUCACCGUCCUCUCGUACGUUACACCGUCGUGGUAAACGCGCAGGAGUACCUGGCUAUCAACCAGGUGGAAUGGCAGCAGAAGUACGCAGCUGGAUUUUGGAAAUGGCGUCGAAGAGGGAGCAAUUUGUCACCAGUCCAAUAACCCGAACUCCGUCAUCAAAUUCUGCUGACGACCUUUCUCAAGAGGAAUUGAGAAAGUAUCUAGUGGCUGCACGAGUCCUUCGUGCUCACCAGUCGACAAUCAGUGGCUCUGGUCCUGUGACACGCAUCAAAGCAAAGCCAAUCACCAUAAAUCCGGAAAUUGACGAAAACGCAGAAAUCAUCAAUGUUAUGGUCAUGGGUUCACCUCGAUCCAAACCAGUCUUGCAGCAACAAUCACCGCGUACUGGCUCUGUGCAAGGGCAUCCAGGGUUGGGCGUUCAGACAGGAGACUUGAUCGGGAUCUAUCAAUGUCUCUCAUGGACCUUAGAACUCAGUUCGAACUGCACGAACCCUGACGAUGAUUAUCCGCAUGAAAAAGAGUCGUGGCUUGUGGCUAUGGAGUGGGAUCUCAUACAAGAAGCUAUCUGA